AUGUAUACAACACGACGCGUGGCACGCGCCCUGCAAUUUGCUCCGACCAAGGGGUUUUCUACAUCCUCUCGGCUGCAGUCGAUUUCAGGUCUCAAAAUCAACGCCGAUCGGCUCAGAGAAACAUUGCACGAAACCUGCAAAUGGGGGGAGGCACACAAAUAUGGAAACAAGCCGACACAAACAGGAAUGGCUCGUUUAACUCUGAAUGACGACGAUGCUCGCGUGCGGGCGUGGUUUGCUGGGGAAGUUCAAAAGCUGGGAUUUUCUCUUUCCGUUGACCAAAUGGGCAAUAUGUUUGCACGUCAGACAGGAAAACUUCAGUCAUCUGAUCCUAUGAUCGCAAUGGGUAGUCACUUAGAUACUCAACCUCGAGGUGGUCGGUAUGAUGGUAUUCUCGGCGUCAUGGCGGCACUUGAGGUCUUGAGAACUAUGAAGGAGAACAGCUUCCAGACCAACUUUGAUGUGGGUGUAGUAAACUGGACGAACGAAGAAGGAGCUCGAUUCCCGAAGUCAAUGUGCUCCUCUGGUGUUUGGGCUGGGGCAAUUCCCAUCGAGAAGGCCUGGGAUUUGCGUGAUAUCCAUGACCCAAAUAUAACUCUUCGAUCUGAACUCGAGAGACACGGAUAUAUGGGUGAAAUCCCCUGCGAUGCCGUGAAUGGGUUCAAGCUUGGUGCUCAUUUCGAAUUGCAUAUCGAACAAGGCCCCAUUCUUCCCGCGAAUGGACGUUCAAUUGGAAUUGUGCAGGGUGCUCAGGGAUACCGAUGGUUAACAUUCACAAUUCAGGGCAAGGAUGCCCACACUGGAACCACGCCUCUUAGUGCUCGCCAUGAUCCGCUACUAGCAGCAUCCAGAAUGAUUGCGGCCUCGAACGACAUUGCUAAGCGCCAUGAUGCACUGGCUUCAACCGGCAUCGUCAAGAUUCCUUCUAAUGCCUCUACCAACACUAUUGCAUCUGAUGUCACAUUCACGCUGGACAUCCGACAUCCAGAUGAUAGCGUUGUCCAUGCUGUCCAGGAUGAAUGCUUAAAAGCGUUCAGUGACAUUGCAAGCCAUGAUGGCAAGGGCGUCACAUUCAACUGGACGCUGGAUACCGACUCUCCCGCAGUGAAAUUCCAUCCGGAUUGCAUCGCAUCUAUCAAGGCCGCCGCGGAUAGCCUCGUUGGACCCGAUGGAUCGAUCCUCAUGACAAGCGGUGCGGGUCAUGAUAGCGUUUAUACUAACAAGCACUGUCCGACCGCGAUGAUUUUUGUACCUUGCAAAGAUGGUGUUAGUCACCACCCAACAGAGUAUUGUUCCCCAGAAGACUGCGCACUUGGGACCCAGGCUCUACUCGAAGCCGUUGUCCAUUACGAUCAGUCUAAAGCGGGCAAAGGUUUGAAUCUAUAG